AUGCAAGAUGCGGCACUCGCUUUUCUCAUAUUCUGCAUCGGAUUACAGUUAGUGGUAUGCUUUUUACACCCAGAAUCUCCUCCAGAUGAAACAUACCUUGGGUUGACAUACGAAGCCACCGAAUUCUCUCCAGAACAAGAAUACGAUUACAUCAUUGUUGGAGGGGGGACAGCAGGUUGCCCGUUAGCUGCCACUUUAUCUGAAAAGUAUUCGGUACUUCUUCUUGAGCGAGGUGGUGUAGCCAAUUUAGAUCCGAAUGUUUUAUAUGAAAAUAACUCCUUAACUACCCUACUAACUGCAAAUAAUAAAGAUUCACCCGCUCAAAACUUCAUCUCUGAAGAUGGUGUACUAAAUACAAGAGGGAGGGUAGAAGAUAGUAUUGUAACUCGUCCCGAUCAAUUAGGUAGGUGGCAAGCUUCCACGUUGAAUGCGUUACUAGAAUCAGGAGUUGAUCCUGCAAACGGGUUCACCCUCGACCACCUUCAAGGCACCAAGAUUAGUGGUUCGACAUUUGAUGAUUCUGGGAGACGACAUGGAGCAGUUGAGCUACUCAAUAAAGCAAACCCUGAAAACUUAAAAGUGGUAGUCCAUGCAACAGUUGAUCGGAUCAUCUUCUCCACCUCUAACUCAUUAGCGGCUACUGGAGUGACAUACCAUGAUUCAAAGGGGACGAAUCAUGAAGUCCAUGUAAGAAAAAACGGAGAAGUGAUUUUGAGUGCUGGGGCUCUAGGAAGUCCACAACUUUUGCUAGUGAGUGGUCUCGGACCAGUUUCAUAUCUUUCGUCUUUGAAUAUUCCAGUUGUUAGCGAUCAUCCGUUUGUGGGGCAGUUCAUGGCUGAUAAUCCACGCACAGGAGUUAAUCUUUUGGUCCCAGUCAUAUUACCUGAUGUAGGAGUAAGGGUGGUUGGGAUAGCAAAAAGUGGCCCAUACAUCGAGUCUUCUGUAGUCCCUCGACUUACACCUUCGAUAAACUUUAUACCAUUCUUGGGUUCACUUCCGCCUUUAAUUAACUUAAGUAUAGUAAUUAUUGGUGGAAAGGUUACAAGACCGUUGUCAACUGGUUCACUACAUCUAAUAUCACCAUAUGAUGUGCACGUUAGCCCAAGUGUUCGUUUUAAUUACUACUCUCACGCCGAAGAUAUAUUACAAUGUGGUAACGCUGUUGAAGUACUUCGAAAGUUUUUGGAAACUCGGUCAAUGGAAGAAUACAAGUUUAGUGACAUCUUUGGUGGAAAGGAUUUCAAAUAUCUUGGGCCAUCAUUACCUGAAGAUCCAUCCGAUAUGGAUUCCAUUGCGACUUUCUGUCGUGAAUCAUUGUCAACAUUUUGGCAUAUCCAUGGUGGAUGCUUGGUUAACAAGGUGGUUGAUAGUCAUUUGAAAGUCAUCGGAGUUGAUUCUUUACGAGUGGUUGAUGCUUCAACGUUCUUCAACUCACCGGGAACAAAUCCUCAGGCUACACUUAUGAUGUUAGGUCGAUACAUUGGUGUGAAUAUACUUAACGAGAGAGCAGCAAAUGACAUACAUUCUUGA